AACUUCCUCUCCUAUAAUUGCAACUUGCAAAACCACUUUCGUCUUUGUGGCUGUACUGAUCCACCAGUAAGAAACAAAUGACUUUCAUCAAACAAUUCUGAUUGUGGUCAUUAAACAGAAACAGGACGGUUUAUAUUAGUCGGUGGACUGGCAGGUGGCGAUGACAGGCCACGUUUAGAGAUAUAUUAGUGUUAAAAUAGUCUUUAACAGUUAAACCAAACUUCCUGUUUCCUAAAUGCAACUGUGCACAUCGCUAGACUCCGCUUAUUUUGGGUCAAAGCAUUGCAUUGCUUGCACAGAGACAUUACAAAGACAUUGCUACAAUGGUGAUGAAAUUGGAAGUAUGUCUUAUUAUGACAUUGAAGAUCACUCUAACGCUGUGCCAAAUGGACGCUAGGACCAUGAAGACUCAACCCUGCGAUAUACAUGAGAACAAAACUGAGAUGACGAUUGUGGUCAACUGCGGUGGACGUGGACUCAAAGAUGUGCCGCCGCUCGAGAGAAACACCACCUCCCUUGACCUUUCUGAGAACAGGAUCAAGAACUUAACAUCAGGAGUUUUCCGAUACCUAGAGAAUCUGACUGUUUUAAAUCUGAACUGGCUGAAUAAGAAUCAGAAGGUUGUUGUUGGUGACGAGGAGUUUUCGAAUUUGACCAAGUUGCGUACGCUGGAGCUCGACGGGCUCGGACUAACGUACGUACCAAAAAAACUUCCAAGAAACCUGCAGAAACUAAUGCUUGUAGUGAACAAAAUCACCUGGUUAAACGCGACGUCCUUUGCGCAUGUGCCAAAUCUGUCACUUCUUUUUCUUUCGAGAAACUGCUUCUACUGGAAUCCUUGCUCAAGAGAUUAUCACAUAGAAGAUGGGAGUUUCUCAGUCCUAACGAGAUUGAAACAUCUUACUUUGUCGUACAACAACAUAACUCGAGUGCCCAGAGGAUUACCGGCGUCUUUAAGUACUCUCGAGCUCGCUUCAAACAGAAUCGCGUACGUCGGAGAGCAUGAUUUCCAAGGACUCGAAAAUCUGACAAGUCUAAAGAUCCAAGGAAACUGCCCAAGGUGUAAUAAUGCUCCAUAUCCAUGCAUUCCUUGUAAAAAUGUUUCCAUUGAAAUCCAUCCGCGAGCUUUUUCCGGCCUUAAAAAGCUGCAGAUUCUGCACCUCGCAGGGAAUUCAAUCAGGUCCGUAGAUCCCAGUUGGCUCGCCAAUAUUUCAGAACUUAAGGAGCUCUACCUUUCGUUUAAUUUCUUGUUCAAAGCCGUCCAAGACAAUGUUUUCUUGAGUAAUCUGCCACUGCUAACCAAACUUGAUCUUUCGUUUAACUAUGCCCUUAAGAGUUACCCGUCCACUGUUAAGCUAUCGCCCAGCUUCGCGAAUUUGACCUCGCUGAGGACGCUGCACCUUCGAGGAUUGGUGUUUCAAGAAAUCCAUGAUGAAACCUUCCACUCUCUGUACGGCUUACGAAAUCUCUCUGUGUUGGAUGUAGGAAUAAACUUCAUUGUGCGUGCAAAUUUAAACAUAUUUGAACAAUUCCAACACGUGAAACUUCUCUAUCUUUCAGAAAACAGAUUUUACCCAGUGAUCAGUAGGAACUUGAGAAAAGACACAGGUGUUGGUUUAAAAUCCUCAUUCACGAUGCCAUCAGUGUCAGAACCUCACCCGAAAGAUCAUUCCUAUGAUGUUCCAAAAAAUCUCGUGAAGCCAGAGUGCUACGCCACCGGUCGAGUGUUGGAUCUCAGUCGAAAUAACCUGUUCCUAAUUUCUCCUGCACAGUUUGAGUCAUACGGGAACAUAUCUUGCCUCAAUCUCUCCAUGAAUGGCUUUGCCACGGCUCCGAAUGGAUCCGAAUUCACAUCGCUUCCAGGUCUCAAAUACCUAGAUUUGUCCUACAACAAAAUCGAUCUGGCAUACGAUCAUGCCUUCCAAGAGUUACAGAGUCUUGAGGUGCUGGACCUGAGUUACAACCCCCAUUAUUUCACCGUGCAAGGUGUGACGCACAAUUUGAACUUCCUCCAAUAUUUGCCCUCUUUGAAGGUGUUGAACAUGAGCUACAAUUACAUCUUCACGUUGACCACCAAAACCAUCUCAAGCGCAUCUCUUCAAGAGCUGCAAUUCCAUCACAAUAGUCUCGGCAGGAUGUGGAGGGAUAGAGACAAAACCUACGAUAGGCUUUUCGCAAACUUGACCAAUCUGACUUAUCUUGACAUAUCCUGCAACGAUAUCGGGAAAAUCCCUCUUAGAGUUUAUACGCUUCUUCCCAGAAGCAUUCAGAAGUUGCGAUUAAGCCACAACAGUCUGGUGAUUUUUAACUGGACAAUGUUAAGAAAUUUCCCACAUCUCCGAGAGCUCAUUUUAAGUAACAACAAGAUCUUUCAGAUAUCAAGUAAUUUGUCAGGUGAUGCUCCCUCUUUACAGUUCCUCGAUCUCCAGUACAACCGAAUAUCCAAGCUCUCCAGUGGAUUUCUACAGGGAGCGGUAAAUCUUGAGGCACUUGAUCUCAGUCACAACUACCUCAUAACCAUCAACCAGUCCACGUUUCCACUUGAAACCGAGAGUUACCUGAAGAAGCUGUGGCUCAACGGCAACCCGUUCCACUGCACGUGCGACCUACUUGAAUUUGUUCUGUGGAUUUCUAAAACCAAUGUGAUAGUCCCUAAAUUGGUGACCUCGGUGGUGUGCGCUAUGCCGGAAGAGAGGAAAGGUCUGCCUGUAAUACGCUUUGACAUUAAAGAAUGCAUCGAUGACCAAUUGGCCUUUCUGGCGUACUUCCUCUCACUUGUGUGCAUUAUAUGCACCACUUUCGUGGCCGUCGCAAUGCACCUUUUCUACUGGGAUGCCUCCUACUUAUUCUACUAUUUGAAAGCCAAAUUCACUGGGUAUCAGCACCUGAGCUCCGACAGCUGCAUCUACGACGCCUUCAUCACCUACGACACCAAGGACGCGCAGGUGUCCGACUGGGUGCUCAACCACCUGCGGGUGCAGCUGGAGGAACGAGGCGAGCGCUUCCUACCCAUCUGCCUGGAGGAGCGGGACUGGAUCCCCGGCUCUCCCGUCUUGGACAGUCUGACCCAGAGCAUCCAGCACAGCCGCAAAACCGUCUUCGUGCUGACCGAGGCUUACGUGAACAGCGGCUCCUUCAAGCUGGCCGUCUUCCUGGCUCACCAGAGGCUGGUGGAGGACAACGAGGACGUGAUCGUGCUGCUGCUCCUGGAGCCCGUGCUGCAGUACUCGCAUUUCCUGCGGCUGCGCAGGCGUCUGUGCGCUCGCAGCAUCCUCGAGUGGCCGCGCUCCUCGUCCGCCGAAGCCUGGUUCUGGCAAUCCCUGCGGAACACCAUACGGGUGGACAACCAGGCCAUGUACAGCGACCUCUAUAGCCGAUACUUCACCACCAAGUAGAUGCAGAAACCUGAUUUGAAUACCAUGAAUACCAAUAAUAUUUUUACAUGAAUACCAUGUAAAAUUGUUGAUGACCCCUUAAUGACCCUACAAGUUUGAUUAAACCAUCAAAAUAUGAGGAAAUAUGAGGGAAGAACAAAACACUAAACUUGUUUAAGGUACUUAUCUGGCAAAAUUAUUUGGCAAAAACAACAGGUAUACAAAAAAUGCAUAGAAAAACAAAAAGCUGACAGGAAAAAACAAACAUUGACUAUAAUCAGUUAUUAAUAUUUGGUUGGUUCGCUCUUGUUUUUGCAUGUGUUCAUAAUUUCUUUGUAUGACAGCCUGUCAUAUUCUGUUAUCACAAAUAAAACAAUCGACUCCAAGAACAACUACACAAUAUGACUACAAAAUCUUCAAUAAUAUUUGAAUGAAGGGUGAAGAUGUCAGUUUUACUAGGCUGGACGUCACUUUUAUACUGUACAUGAAAUUUCAAGCUGAGCAAGAUUAAUUCUUUGCUUGGUCACUAAUGUAUUAAAUAUUGAAUUUUGUAUUUUUUUUAUUUUUUUUAUUGAAGGCCGAAACUCACUUGCACACUGUAAAAAAGUGAUAUGAUCUGUAAGUCAUGGCAAUGUUAUCACAUAACUUUAACUCAUCAAAAUAAUUUACGCAGUUUCAACUUUAUAAGUUAUAAACUCGAUUUUUUUAAGUCGGUUUAAUAUAAUAAAGUUGAAAUUGUACAAACAAGAUGAUUCAACUCAAUGUAAGGUUUUUAAGUGAAAAAGGCGGACAUUUUUUACAGUGUAAAAUGUAAAUUCAAACUAUUAAAACAAAAAUAUUCAGUCCAAACUUCAUUGUUUCUCUUUGCAGGAACAUUUCACAAGGAGCAUCUGUUUUUUCUGUUUUUCAUAACAAAAUGAUAAAGUUUGUGUGAUAAAAUGAUAUACAUACAUUUACAAUAAGGUUCCAGUUGUUAACAUCAGUUAACAGUGAAACUAACAGUGAAAUAUUCCUAAAGCAUUUAUUAAUCUCAGUUAAUGUUAAUUUCAACAUUUACUAAUAUUAUUCAAAUAAAAAAACUGUAUUUUUUUUAUUAACUAAUGUUAACAAAGAUUAAAUACUGUAACAAAUGCAUUGACAGUUAAUGCAUUAACUAACAUUAACUAAUAGGACUUUAUUGUAAAUGUUAGUGAAAUUUCAAGUGAAAAGCAGUACGACAAAAUCAAUCCUUAACUUGGUCACUAAUGUUUUAAUUAGUUUGCUGUUUGUUUGUUUUUUUUAUCCAAGGCACUUGCAAAAUCUUGUAAAAUGUAAAUUCAAACUAUUAAAAUUAUUUACAACACCGGUCCAAACUUAA